CAGGCUCCCAAAGGUCUUGGAAUCUUCUUGUAUUCCUGAAGCACAAUGGUAUGGUCCAGAACCCGCCCCAUCUCCUCUGCGAUUGGCCUUCCCUCCUCAGAGAGACGAAUAACUCUUGCCCAAUGACCGCUCACGUUUCUUCAGCGACUGCAAAGCGAUGGAAGGAGGCGGCCUGGGAGACGCCCCCUACGCGCUCUGCGAUUGGCUACGUUGCACGGCGCGCGUGGACGGCGGGUCCGAAAGAAGCGGACUACGACUCCCGGCGGCCCCACUCGGGGACUCCGUUACGCAUGCGCACGGGCGGGGCCAGCGGGCUUCUAUAUAUAAGAGGCGCUGAGGGCUAGGAGACAGCAGUUGGAAGUUGGCAGGUGGAAAGUCAGGUUGGGAGGGGAAGCCGGAGGAGGAGGCGGAAGAAGAGCUGUCUGAAGGGGGAGGGAGGGAGGGAGGAAAAGAGGAGGAGGCGGAGGAGAACUGAGCGGAGCAUCGAGCCAGAGGGGAGAUGAGUUUGUCUGUCCUCGGCUAAGGCUCCGGCCCGGCCUGGGGAACUGGGAGCUCGGGUUGGAGCGACACCCGUGGAAGUGGGAGGAGGUAGCUCUGGGACUUUAACCCCUUGUGGGCUCUGCGGCAGGGGAUUUAACCCUUUGUGGAUUCGGCCCCUCGGAGGCAGCGUCAUCGGGUAGUUUUAACCCCUUCGGGGCUGGGUUUAACCCAUUGGACUUAAACCUCAUCUCCUUGCCACCAACUCCUCCAUCGUGGGAGCGCUCGGCGGGGAGGCGUGAAGCCCACCCCUCUGAACAUUACGUACUGUGCCUGCCGCUGCACCCCCUUGGACCUGCUAGUUGGCCACGCUUGUGAGCGCUUAACCCUUUAUUGACUUAACUCCAAGUUGCGAUUGGAGUUUGCUGACAAGACGGACGAAAGGCGUCACUGCAGUAAUUACCGGCCGAAGAGGACUUUGUUGGACAUUUUCUGAAAAGAAAGAAAAACGUCUUUUUCCUUAAGGCAAAAUUCCUCAAACUUCCAGAAGAGGACUCUACUAAGCCAUGGCCGAGCCGCUCUUGUCAGACCAUCAACACCAGCCUCAAACUAGCAACUGUACAGGUGCUGCUGUUGUCCAUGAGGAGCAGAACUCUGAGCGCCCCCCAGGCGCGGAGGAACGGGUGCCCAACGAGGACAGUAGGUGGCAAUCGAGAGCGUCCCCGCAGUCCGGUGGCCGUCCGGGGAAGGAGGGAGAAGGGGGCCUGAAGCUCCAGCCGCCCCCCCUGCAGACCAAUGACUGUUCAGAGUCGAGCUGCCUGGAAACGGGCGAGAAGGGCCAGAAUGGGGAGGACCUAUCUACUGGCGGUGCCUCCCCGUCGGUGGAGGGGGAACCGAUGUCCCUUGUCCUGCCAGGUCAUGACUCGGAGGCCACCAAGUUGGGGGCUCCUGCCGCUGGAGGCGAGGAAGCAUGGGGACAGCAGCAGAGACAACUGGGCAAGAAAAAGCAUCGGAGACGCCCCUCCAAGAAGAAGCGGCAUUGGAAGCCAUACUACAAGCUGACUUGGGAAGAGAAGAAAAAGUUCGACGAGAAGCAGAGCCUGCGAGCCUCGCGGGUUCGAGCUGAGAUGUUCGCAAAGGGCCAGCCGGUCGCGCCCUAUAACACCACGCAGUUCCUCAUGGAUGACCACGAUCAGGAGGAGCCUGACCUCAAAACCGGCCUCUACCCAAAGCGGGCAGCCGCCAAAUCCGACGACACCAGCGAUGAGGACUUUGUGGAAGAAGCUGGUGAGGAGGACGGGGGCAGCGAUGGCAUGGGAGGGGACGGCAGCGAGUUUCUUCAGCGGGACUUCUCGGAGACGUACGAACGGUACCACGCCGAGAGCCUGCAGAACAUGAGCAAGCAGGAGCUCAUCAAAGAGUACCUGGAGCUGGAGAAGUGCCUCUCGCGCAAGGAGGACGAGAAUAACCGGCUGCGGCUGGAAAGCAAGCGGCUGGGUGGCGUCGACGCGCGAGUGCGGGAGCUGGAGCUGGAGCUGGAGCGGCUGCGCGCCGAGAACCUCCAGCUGCUGACCGAGAACGAACUGCACCGGCAGCAGGAGCGAGCGCCGCUCUCCAAGUUCGGCGACUAGACUGAAAACUUUUGGGGGGAGGGGGCAAAGGGGACUUUUUACAGUGCUGGAAUGUAACAUUAUAUACAUGUGUAUAUAAGACAGCGGACCUUUUUAUGACACAUAAUCAGAAGAGAAAAUCCCCCUGGCUUUGGUUUGGUAAAUUUAGCUAUGAUGUUGCUUGUGUGCUUUCUCCUGUUCUUUAAUUAUGUGAAACUGAAGGGUUGCUUUUCUUGUUUUCCUCAUUAGACGUUGUUUCUUAAUGUGCAAGUAAUUUGACCAAGUUAUAAUGCAUUUUUCUGUUAAAAAAAAAAUCCCCUCCUUAAGCGGAGCUAUGAGGUGGCCAAAUCUGAGACCCACUGCAGUCAUUCUAGUUAUAAUAAAUUUAAUGUUUGUAAAUGUAACAGUUUCAGUGUGAUUUCUAGAGAUUCAAAAUCGUGAUUGUGUGAUUGUACUUUUGAAGAGGGUUAAAAAGUUAAAUUUAUCAGUUUGCAAAAAGACUUGAAAUUGUUCCCCCCCCCAAUCGUUUUAAUAUGCUUCAAAAUACAGUUCAGGUAAAAUACACUCAGUUUUAUCUUCAGUACUUAAGUGUGCUUGCUUCCUAAUGCCUUUUCUUUCUUAAUUAACCAGUUGCUGGGUAUUUGGGGGAAUAGAAAGUGGCCACAGGCAGAGCUUAGCAUCUGCCCCUUGAUGGCCUUUCAGAAGUGUGCUAGCAAAAGUAUAAACCUAAUUUAGCAAUUUGUUAGAUAACUGAAAGAAUCAUUUCAUCUCUACAUGUCAAGUUUUCAGUAAUACUGGCUUCCCUUCUAAGCCCUCCCCCGCCACUCCAAUAAUGCUAGGAGUUCCUGGAUGCCUAGGUGAGGCUCCUGGUAAACUUGCUUUCUUAGUACAAGCAGGAGAUAAAACUUGUGGGGCAACUCUUUAUGUUAACCUGUUAGAGACAGAAUAUUGGACUUGAAAUGGCUAAGUGAUCCAAGGACUUAGCUUCGUUCUCCAAUACUUAAGUACUUUUCUCUUUAAGAAAAGCUGACCUUUCCAUUAGAAUCAAACUGAAAUUUGAAAUGCCCCUUUCUGCAAGUAAAGCUGGGUCGUGAGAGGGCUGGGUUAGGUGAUGGACAGAAACCCUGCAUGUUACCAGUACAGCGGCUAUUCUCAAUCUACAGCUGCCUAGGUUAGGUACUUCUCUUGAAAAUGCAGGAAGGCUCUGAGAACUAACUCCUACCACAGAGUCAAAAAUCAUAAAUUCAACCAUUGUUCUUUGUCAGUAUAGUUAAUCCAACCCCCCUUCACCUGACCUGUGUCAGUGUUUCCCUAGGGCCAUUGUAUUGCUCAAGUUAUUAGCACACCGGUUCCUUAACCUGUAGCCUUAAAAACGACAGGGGAGCCUUGGGGGUCCAUGGACCUCAUAAUUUAUGUAGCCUUGUGAGAUAUAUAUUCACACACACCCACGGGUUCCAGAGACUCAGGAGGUUGUCCAGUUCCUUGGUGGUCAAGAACCCCUACACAAGGUGGGGGGCGCCCUUCUCUGCCUGUUCUGGCAGCUAAAUUGGCAACAGUGGAGGUGAUGGAAAUUUCAAGAAUGAAAUGCUCCUUAUGGUGCAUAAGCAGCAUAUACAAAUCAAUAAAUCAAGGGAAACUGUGCCAGUAGGAGGAAAUUGGGGUCUUUAAAACCAGACUGUGCUGGUCCUAUCCUGGCAGGUGGUUCACUGCAGAAACUGUAAAAACCAAUUUUUCUUUGACCUAAAGAUUGCAUUAAAUAUCUAUUUUGAAAUAGU